GGAACAACAAAGAUAAGGAGAUCCAAGGCAGAGAAUAUCAGUUGUUCGCUAUCUCCGGAUCAUAUAUUAUUUCCAGAUACCAACGCCACUAAAAUUGGUGGAGAAGAAACCCCGGAAGAAAAAGGGAAAAUGUGUGGGAAAAUGGUCAACAGAAAGCGCCACAUAACAAUGCUUGAGAUUGAGGAACUGAAAGCAUAUUCAGCUCUCAAGAAGAUGAAAGCCAAGGUCAAGAAGAAAAAAGAAGAGACGAAUCUCAUGAAAAGUGAUCUGGAAGAAACAAGCGCUGCAGUGGAAGAGAAGGAAUCAAUGCUUUACCAAAUGAAGAGAAGACUUAAUGCUAUGAUAUUGCCAGCAGCCUUGUGCUGUUCUUCUAUUGCUAAACUGGAAGAUAGAAAAUGAUUGAAAAGGUAUUACUGUUGUUGAAUUGAUUCAGAUGGCUUUAUGUUGUGAAUUAGUAUUCUGUUAUGUCAGUUAUGUGUACAAUGAUUCCCUGUACUUGUAAUCUGCAUUAAAAUCAAUAGCUACACUGUGA